AUGCAUCAUAUUCCACAUCAUCAGCAUCGUCAGCCCCAUCAACAUCAUCUUAAUCAUCAUCUCAAUCAACAGUCACCACAACAAUCGCUUUCACCUCCAUCUCCAACGAAUCAUAAUACAUCACAGUCAUCAGCACUUCCAAUCAAUAGUCAUAAUAAUAGUAGGAGCGGUAAUAAUCAUCAUCAUCAUCAUAGCAAUGCUAUUAGAAUUCUUCCUAAGCAAACACAUCUUCCGACGACUUCAGUAUUUGCUGUUACCAAGAUACCGUCUGAUUCUGCAUCAUCAACUAACGGGGGAUUAAACAAUUCAGGAUCAAAUGCACGCACCACAGCUGACGAACGUGAAUUAGCACGAAAAGUCUCACAUUCAGCGAUAGAAAGAAGGCGACGUGAACGUAUUAACGACAAGAUCAUGCAGCUUAAAGAAUUAAUACCAAUUUGUGCAGAUCAAGAUCAUUUGCAUAAGUUAACUGAAGAACGUCGUGUAGUAAAACGUUCUAAAUUCGAUCGAUAUGAUAUUAUACCACCCUCUAAAUCCACACCAGCAGUAAGUGAAUCAUGCGAUAAUGAGUAUCGUAGAAAACGAAGUUCAGUUUCCACGCCUUCCACGAUAACUCCUGCUGGUAAUGAUUCACAAAGAAGAAAUUCGAUGCAACUUUCGAUCAGUACGACACCCAACAGCAACAUCAACAAUAAAACUCCAAGUGUUUCAAGUUCAGCAACAUCACCAACAACAUCUUCAAUUGAAGAAACGAAUACUCUAAAAGAGAAUCCGCAACAAAAAAAAACCUGUGAUGCUGAGACGCAAACAAUUUUGGAAUUGAAUGACAUGACGAAUAACGCGAAUAAUAGUUGCGGUAGUAGUAGCACUACAUCAACAACCACUCAGGAUGAUGAAAGCUUAUGGGAUGAGGAGGUAGCUGAUCAGAAAAAUGAAGUUAUCGAGAUGGAAAUAGUUUAUGGGCAAGAUGACGAACAAAAGCUUAAUGAUAAAUUGGAAGAAGAGAUGCCGAAACGUGGAAUGAAUGUUCAGCUUUUAUUAUGCUAA